AUGGAAGAGAUUGGUACUUCAAUUGCAUCUAAAAUUGUAGAAGAACCAGUGGCCCUAAUUGGGAGACAACUCAGCUAUCUAAUUUACUGCGAUUCCAACAUAAAAAGUCUAGCAGAUGCGCUUAAAAAGCUUGAUGACAAGAAAAAUGAUGUGCAAAGAUCUGUGGAUGCUGCAAAAAGGAAUGGUGCAACCAUCAAAGAUCAAGUUCAGAGUUGGCUAGAGGAUGUAAGUAAAAUAUUUCGUGAAGUGAAAGAAUUGGAAGACAAAGUCAAUAUUCAAAGGCGGUGUUUGUAUGGAUUGUGCCCAAGUUUGAAAUCGCGGUAUUCUCUAAGUAGGAAAGCUAAGAAGAUUGCUCAGUGUGUUCUUGAUCUCAAACUUGACCAAGAACUGAGUAAUAAUGUUGCCAAUCCUUCACCUCUGCAACAUAUAGAGUCAAUAAUCUCUAGUGAUGGUUUUAAGGGUUUUGAAUCUAGAAAAGCAGUCAUGAAUGAUGUGCUUAUAGCUUUGAGGAAUGAAAAGUCAAGAAUAAUUGGGAUAUGCGGGAUGGGAGGAGUGGGUAAAACCACAAUGGUGAGAGAUAUCGUCAACAGAUUAAAAGGAACAAAUCAGCUAUUUGAUGAUGUUGUGAUGACAACUGUAACCGCAACUGUAAACAUUAAGACAAUUCAAACUGAAAUUGCAGAGUCAUUAGAUAUGAAAUUCGUCGAGGAAAUUGAAUCAAGAAGAGCAGAAAAGCUACAUAUGAGAAUCAAGGAGAGUAAAAGAAUCUUGAUUAUAUUAGAUGAUGUAUGGUCAGAGCUUAAUUUUGAAGCUAUCGGGAUUCCUCUUGCUGGUGGACCUAAUUAUACUUAUCAAGUUCAUGAAGGGUGUAAAAUUUUGUUAACAUCUCGAGAUGAAGGAGUUUGUAAAGUAAUGGGGUGUACAGACAACAUAUUUAGAGUCCAAGCCUUAAAUGAAAAAGAAGCAUGGGAGCUUUUCAGAGCGACUGUAGGUGAAUCCUUGGACAAUAAUCAUGAUUUGCUUCAUAUUGCAAAAUUGAUUGCAGAUGAAUGCAAAGGUUUACCCAUUGCUAUCAUAACUGUUGGGAAAGCUCUUCUACCAAGUAAAGGCAAGCAUGAAUGGAUUACUGCCUUGCAAGAACUGAAAAAUUCUCUCCCAGAAAACAUCAUUGGGAUUGAACACAGUGUUUAUUCUUGCAUAAAACUAAGUUAUGAUAAAUUGAAUAGUGGUGAAGUCAAGUCGUGCUUUUUACUUUGUUGCUUAUUUCCAGAAGAUUAUGAUGUUCCGAUUGAGUAUUUGGUGAGGUAUGGGUUGGGUCGAGCAACUUUUAGAAACACCAACACAAUCGAAGAUGUAAGAAACAAAGUGCAUUCUUUAGUUGAAAAUUUAAAAAGAAGAUUUUUGUUGCUUGAUAGUGAAAAGGAAGAAUGUAUCAAAAUGCAUGACGUAGUUCGUGAUGUUGCCAUAUCAAUUGCCUCAAAAGAUCCUCAUAGAUUUAUGGUAAGAUCAUUUGAUGCGAAAGGUGGAGGUGGAGGAUGGCCAGGAGUACAAAAAGCUACAAACCGAGAACAUUGCAGUGCCAUUUCGUUAAUUGAUGCUAAAUUAGAUGAAGAUAUUACUGAUUGUUUGGAUUACCCAAAACUUGAGCUUCUACAAUUGAAAAAUUCCUCAAAUUCAGAAUAUUCCAACCACUUUAAAAGGUUGAAAGAACUCAAGGUUUUAGCUUUCUUGGGGAUGGAUAUGUCAAGUUAUUUGGCCUCGACAAGAACUCUAGCACAUGGAGAAUCCAAGUACCUUCAUACCUUGUGUCUAGAGGAUUGCAAAUUGGGAGACAUGUCUCAUGUUAUUGGAGGAUUGGAGAAUUUGGAGAUCCUCAGCUUUGCUCGCUCUCAAAUUGAUAAGUUGCCUAGAGAAAUAGGACUUCUUCAUCGGUUAAGGAUGCUGGAUGCAACAGAGUGUAAAGGACUUGAAGAAAUUCCUCAUGGUGUCUUAUCCAACUUAAGGAGAUUAGAAGAGUUGUACAUGGCAGAAAGCUUUCUCAAUUGGGGGCCAACAGUAGGAAGCAAGGAUGAAACGAGCAUGGCAAGCCUUGAUGAGGUGAUGUCUCUAUCUGAUCAUUUAAAAGUCUUAGCCAUAAAAAUCCCUAAUGUUCAGAUGUUGCAGAAUGAAGAGUUUCUUUUAAAAAGCCAGCCUAUAAGAUUUCAUGUAUCUAUCAAUAUUAGUUUCAAGAAUCGAAUGCCUGGUUAUCUGUUCGAAAAUAGUUUGAUGCUUCGUGGUGAUGUAAAGGAAUAUAUGGAGAUUGGAGCAGUUAGAUAUCUCUUGAGGCAAUCUGAAGACUUAAGCCUACACAAGACAUACAAUUUAAAGUAUGUGAUGGAGGAAUUAGAUGAUCAAGAGGGCUUUCAACACUUGAAAGUGUUAUCAAUCAUGUAUGACAACAACAUAGAGUAUCUUAUGAAUGGAACAGAUUGGACUCAUCGUCGUCAACCAGCCUUCCCCAUCUUAAAGUCAGUUACCUUCGAGAAUGUUCACAAAUUAAAAUUUGUGUGUCGUGGCAAAAUGCCAGACAAGUACUCCUUUAUGAACCUAAGAUCCAUUGCAAUUGACAAUUGUGAUGAGUUAAAAUAUGUCUUUUCACUAUCCAUAGCACAAAACUUGGUACAAUUCCAAAGCUUAACAGUUUAUGAGUGUUAUAAAGUGGAAGAGAUCAUAUCAAAGGAGAGAAUGGAAGAUGAUAAUGCAUCUCUCAUGUUCCCAAGAUUAACUUUUUUGAAGCUUUCUUAUCUCCAAAAGCUAUGUGGUUUCUACACGGGAAACCAACGGGACUUCACCUAUGAGGUAUACACUUGA